AGAGCGCACGGAUAAUGGAGAAGACGCGCGCGCACGGGCCCGGAGGGCUGCGCGCGAAAGGUUUCGCCAUCACGGACUUGCUGGGGCUGGACGCGGACGGCGCGAGCGGCGGCGGCGGUGGCGGGAUCGGGGGCGCGUGUCCGAGUGCGGUGGCAGGCGCGUGCCCGGGCGGCGGCGUGGGCGCGGUGGGCGCGUUCCCGUUCCCGCUCGGUCUGGGCUUCCUGUGCAGCCUCGCGGCGCAACAGCAGCAGCAGCAGCACCAGCAGCAGAGCGCGCGCGGCUUCAUACCGACUCACGUGCCGCUACUGCACGCGCGAGCCGAGCCGCCCUACGCCGAGCAGCGCGAGGAGUUCUCCGAUGACGACUGCCUGUCUGGUGACCGUAACGAUGGGAAAAGCUCUGGCAGCUCACAGAAGAGGAAGAAGAGGAGACACAGGACGGUGUUCACGUCUCACCAGCUGGAGGAGCUGGAGAAGGCCUUUAAUGAGGCCCACUAUCCGGACGUUUACGCUCGGGAAAUGCUGGCCAUGAAGACAGAAUUACCAGAGGACAGAAUACAGGUGUGGUUCCAGAACCGGCGGGCUAAGUGGAGGAAGCGGGAAAAGUGCUGGGGCCGCAGCAGCGUGAUGGCUGAGUAUGGACUCUAUGGCGCCAUGGUCCGUCACUCCAUCCCUCUACCAGAGUCCAUCAUCAACUCCGCCAAGAACGGCAUGAUGAGCUCCUGCGCUCCCUGGCUGCUAGGUGAGCCAGCAGGAAUGCACAAAAAGUCCUUAGAAAUUACCAAGAAGUCCCCCGGCACACCCGAAUCCACACAUUCCGACUCAUACUCAGAAGAUGUGAAAGGGAAGAACAGCGACCUCCUGUGGUCAGGAGGACCCACUGCAGUGGACGACCCAGAGGACAUGGCCAUAGAUUUGUCCAGCACGGCCAAGCAGGAGACCAAGAGCACUUUGAAAACAUCACCGAUCCACACUGAGCCCAACAGCGACUCAGAGAACGAGAACUGAAAACAGUCCUAAUCACGCUGUACAGUCUGAGGGGAUGGAGGAGGGCUUCCCGGACCACUGGUGCUCUUGGCCUAAACAAUAUGGACCUCUGUUUUGAACCUCAACUCCGGUGUCCCUGCUCUGUCCUCAUCAGAGAUGCUUUUGUUUGUGUCUAUUUGUUUUCAUUUUUAAAUGUUUUAUUCAUAACGAUUUUUAUGUGAUGCUACUCGGGGAAGGAGAUGGCGGCUAGAGUCCAGCAUCGUUCCGCAAAGUUAAAAUCAGAACAGGCUAUUUAUUUUUAUUGGAAAUAAAGCACACAUUUACGAAGCACUUUAUCUGUGUUAAUGCUGAAUGUGAAGAUUUGAUCGAUCUCUGUCUGCAGCGAAGCAAUGUGAUGCAACAACGAACCCACUUAUCGACAAAAUAAAUGAUUAGUUUGUGCAUUCGG